AAAGUUCAGUCUUUGAAUGAUGGUAACUGUACAAGGAUGGUGGAGAAGAAGGAGCAGCUCUGUGUAGCCUCAACCAAGACAUCUGAAGUGCAUGAAGAUUGCAGUGCUGAGCUCUGUAUGAGAGAGGUGAAGAAACAGCUGUGUGGGGGCACCACUGAGGCAGCAGCAGGGUGUGCACUGUGCCCUAGUAACUGGCUGCUGUAUGGGGACAACUGUUAUUACUAUUCACAUGAUACACGGAGGACUUGGGAUCAGAGCCGGGAGCAGUGUGAGAUGAUGGGAGGUCACCUACUAGUCAUAGAGGACCAGGGACAGCAGGCAUUUAUACACAGAACUGUCACACAACAGGCAGGUGACAAGUUUUGGAUCGGGCUUCACCAUGAAGGAGAUGGAUGGAGAUGGGUGAACGGCCGGCGGUAUAACCGCAGCCUGUUCCAGCUGAAGGUGAUCUCAGGAAACUGUGUGUUGGUGCAGAACAGUGGUUAUUAUAGUGAGAACUGUAAUGAUACUCAUACAUUUAUAUGUCAGAGGAAAGCUGUGAAGAUCUGACAUUGUUAUUUUAACACUCUCGUGGUGGAACAUUAA